GUGAAUCUCUGACUCUGAGCACUCUCUCUCUCUCUCUCUCUCUCUCUCUCAUAUAAUAAAACUUGCAAUGCCCUUCAUUCAUCUUCCCGUCCUGGGUCUCGACGCUGCGACCGGACGAAUUAUUAAAACCACCAAACGGGCAGGACAGCGAGCAAAAAAGAUAAGCAGCAAGCAGUUAUUGUCAUCUGUUUUUGUUUAUUCCCCCCAGAUCGAAAAACGAACCACCAACAAACCCAUCUCUGUGCCUUACUCUCUACGCUAGCAACAGCGACACCAGAACCCGAUAGCCCCCUCCCACCAGCUUUCAACGCUUUGCCCUUCGCCUUCAUCAUCACCGCCAUCGCCAUCACCAUCACCACCAUCUUUCUUCUCCUUCUUCAUCAAGGUCUUCCGUUUCUUCCUCCGCGUUUCGCAGGCUAUUAAAUGAGAUAUGGCGGAGCUCAAGAGAGCGCCACCCACCUCCAAGAGCAGGGGCUUCUACGUCAGGAUGAGGCUCUUGCACGGCUACGGCAAGCACCACCAGAGGCUGGCCCAAGACAAGAAGAGCUUCUUCCAUAGAUACUACAAGUGGGUCCUCUGGCUCUCCCUCUCCUUCUACUUCUUCUGCCCUUACCUCCUCAGCCACAGCCCCAAGCAGAGGCUCAAGCCUCUCCGCACCGGCUCCGCCGGGUCGACUCACUCCUCCCGCGCGCUCUUCGAGUCAUCGUUGUCGCUCAGCAAUAGUAGCUCCACGCGCUCGCAAGAACCGGAGAUUGACCAAGAGCUGAGGGGCUUGAAGAUAUACGUCUACGAUUUGCCGCCCAAGUACAACUCCGAAUGGCUAUCGAACGAGCGAUGCCGGACGCACCUGUUCGCGUCGGAGGUGGCCAUCCACAGGGCUCUAUUGACCAGCGACGUCCGGACGCUCGACCCUCACGAAGCUGACUUCUUCUUCGUCCCCGUGUACGUGUCCUGCAACUUCAGCACCACCAAUGGCUUCCCGGCCAUCGGCCACGCGAGGUCGCUGCUGCUCUCCGCCGUGCAGCUAAUCUCGUCGGAGCAGCCGUUUUGGAACCGGAGCUCCGGGUCCGACCACGUCUUCGUCGCCUCUCACGAUUACGGAGCUUGCUUCCACGCCAUGGAGGAUCGAGCUGUCGCCGAUGGGGUGCCGGAAUUUUUGAAGAAGUCCAUCAUACUGCAGACGUUCGGGGUCAACUACGACCACCCGUGUCAGGACGUCGAGCACGUGGUGAUCCCGCCUUACAUUCCGCCGGAAAGUUUACGGAGGACGCUGGAGUCGUCGCCGGCGAACAGCGGCCGCCGCGACAUCUGGGUCUUCUUCAGGGGCAAGAUGGAAGUCCACCCCAAGAACAUCAGCGGGCGCUUUUACAGCAAGGCGGUGCGAUCGGUGAUCUGGCACAAGUACAGCGGCGACCCGCGGUUCUACCUCCGGCGGCACAGGUUCGCCGGCUACCAGUCGGAGAUCGCCCGGUCCGUGUUCUGCCUCUGCCCGCUCGGGUGGGCCCCGUGGAGCCCGCGCCUGGCGGAGUCCGUGGCCCUGGGCUGCGUCCCCGUCGUCAUCGCCGACGGCAUCCGCCUCCCCUUCCAGGAGGCCGUGCCGUGGCCGGAAAUAUCGCUCGCGGUGGCGGAGCGGGACGCCGCGCGGCUCGGCCCGAUCCUGGACCGCGUGGCGGCGACCAACCUGAGCGACAUCCAGCGGAACCUCUUGCGGCCGGAGGUCCGGCGGGCCCUGCUGUACCACGACCGGGUCGAGCGCGGCGACGCCACGUGGCACGUGCUGCGGGCCCUGGCGGGGAAGCUGGACCGCUCGUGCAGGAGGAGCAGGGUUUACGGCCAAUGAGAGCGAGAGGCGCUCGAGGUGGGGGCCCGCCGGGGGUGGGGAUUGGCUGGCUGUUGAUGGGCGCCAGCUAGGCAAAAUCGGCUUUUGGUCCAGCGUGGACGAUCCCCUAACGCGAGACAGCUGGACAGCGCUCUUGCGAUAUGCAGGCAGGCAUGGUGGGGCCCCGUUGGAGGCAAAAAUUUAGUACGAAGGGAAUGGGUGGAGCAGGGGGGGCCCCACUCGUUUUUAAAACCGGCGGAGCACGAGAUUUUGGAGAGAUAUUUUUCAUUUUUGAUUGUAAAAAAAAAGGGGGAGAAUUUUGGGUUCUUUGAGGUAAAAAGCAAAUAAUAUAAUAAAAUGUCGUAGAUAUGAUUAGAUUAGACACUGUACAGGCUGUGAGCAUCGUCGGGAGGAUAAAAGUAAUGUCACUUGUAUAGAUGGGAUUGAGAGCUUAUGCGUGGAUAACGCAGUAUUCAGUUUUUGGAAAGAUGGGAGGGGCAGGGCCAGACAGGAAGACAAAUGCAGAUUUUUUGGGGGUCAUCUUGACCUCCUAAUGUCCUUUCCAGGACACAUUUUUCAAUUCAUCUCUCUUUUUAGAGUGCCAA